AUGUUUGCUGAGGGAAUAAAGAAUUAUUUCUUCUUUCAGUUCUGCAAUGUGUUCCCUUUUUUACAUUAUCUCCCAGGAAGUCACAAUGAAUUAUUUAAAAACUUUCCUGCCCAGCAUAAGCUUAUUUUGGAACAAAUAAAGGAACAUCAAGACUCUCUGGACAUCAAUAACCUUCGGGAUUUCAUUGACUACUUCCUGAUUAGUAUGGAAAAGGAAAAACACAAUAAGCAGGCUGAAUUUAUCAUGGACAACUUGGUCAUUACCAUAUGGGAUAUUUUUAGUGCAGGAACAGAGACAACAAGCACCACCCUGAGAUAUGGAUUCUUGCUCCUGUUGAAGCACCCUGAGGUCUCAGCUAAAGUCCGGGAAGAGAUUGACCAUGUGGUUGGCAGAGACUGGAGCCCCUGCAUGCAGGACAGGAGUCGCAUGCCCUAUACAGUUGCUGUGGUGCACGAGAUCCAGAGAUACAUUGACCUUGUCCCCACCAACAUGCCCUAUGCAGUGAUUCAGGAUAUUCAGUUUAGAGAAUACCUUAUUCUAAAGGGCACAAACAUAUUAACACAUCUGACUUCUGUCCUGCAUAAUGAAAAAGAGUUUCCUAACCCAGAGAAGUUUGACCCUGGCCACUUCCUGGAUGAAAGAGGCAACUUUAAAAAGAGUGAGUACUUUAUACCUUUUCCAGCAGGAAAAAGAGCUUGUGCUGGAGAAGGCCUGGCCCGCAUGGAGCUGUUUUUACUCCUGACCACCAUUUUACAGCACUUUACCUUGAAAUCUCUGGUUGCCCCAAAAGACAUUGACGCCACCCCAGUUAACAAUGGGCUAGGUUCUGCACCACCCUCCUGUGAACUCUGUUUCAUUCCAGUCUGA